CAGACUGAUAACCCAAAUCGCCAUGAUAUAUUAUAUCAUUGAAUUUUCUUUAGUAAAAGCAGCCGUAAUCGUGGUUUGCCUAUAAAUAUGAUGGAUGACAAACAUGGACCACCGAUUCGUAAAAGGAGUGCGACAGCAGACUAUCCACGGCCCCAGCCCCACAAUAUGAUGAGGGAAAGAGCACCAUCGGCCAAACUGGCAAACAAAUCCCUCGUUACUAAAAUAAACGAUAAACCAUCCAAUCCGAUUCCAGACGUGGUUCCAUCUCACGAAACACAAACAUCAUCAGAAGUCACAAAUGGAAAAAGUUAUACGAAAAUGGAAAAUGGUGAUAAAGUAUCCGAGAUGGCAAAUGGUGAAAUUAACCACACCAAAGAUGUGAGAGCAGGGAAAUACGAAAUUCCGAGUUCUAAAGUUGACCAUACAGUUGCAAAAGUCGAGGAAAGAUGCGAAGCCUCAACUUCCAAAAUAAAUAAUCCCAGUACCAAACUUGAUGGUCUUGGAACAGUUGAAGACGUAAAAGUGCAAGUUCAACGCCCUGCCACUGGGGUUUCGUUAAUUAGCAACGAGUCCACUAGUUCUCGCUUUACAGAUGAUGCAGAUUUAAUAACCAACCUGGAAGUCAACUUUGUGGAUUCUAGAGGUAGAAUUAAACGUAAAUCCUCGAUGAGCCGUUCCGAAAAGGAAGCCCUCGGCAUCCUUGAUGAGGUAAUUCGAGUAUUUGAUGAUGUCGAUGACAAUUUAGACGAAGCCAGCCCAAGUGAAAGCAAAACUAUUGGAGUAAAACCAGACACUUCCGACUUUGAUCCGUCCUAUGAAACAAUGGCCGAUAUUAAAGAAAGCCUGAUGGAUCGAGAUGAUGUGAAACCAAACGGUGUACACGACAGCAGUAACUCGAAUUACAAUUUAACGACUUCUACAUUACAACAAAAGCACGUUGGAAAUGAACUUGUGCCUCCCACGCAGCCAGAACCGGUGUAUGCAAAACCCGAUAAACGUGGCAACAAUACUACCUCUACAAUUAAUCCUGACGAAUUAACCACACCGCGUUCAACUGCACAAGUAGCACCUGAAAAAUCUCCAGUUGUACCACCUAAAAGAUUUGUAGCAGAGGCAGAUAACUACGAGAUCAAAUUUUCUCCCUUGAGAAAAGCCUCCCCUUCGGCCUCCCUUUCUAAAUCCCUUAACAAUUCGAUCUGGGCCAACGCAAAUGAAAUUCCAAGCCCUAAACGUAAACAAGUGCAGGAUAACAACGAUAACUUCAGUUUAAAGCGAGGUCAACUGUCAGGUCCGGUACCUAUAAACAUCGACGACAAUUACGUGGAACCUCCGCCGGAUUACGACCCAAACACAACGCUGAGUUCAAUCGCUAAAUCGACGACCGAUGACUCGUUCAUCGAUACAUGGGGUUCCAUGACCAGUAGCUCUACAAGCGGGAGUCGGAAAGUGAAGAAGGAAUUCAGACCGGAAGUACUGAAAAUGAUCGACAAGAAGAAAACUGAGAAAGAGGAACAGAAAGAAAUCGAGGGCAGAAAGUUUGAUGGCCUAGUAAACCGCUCGUUUCGAAUGAGAGAAGCUUCUCUAAAGGAAACUGCCUCGAAGUCAGCCGUGAAAGAAGACACAGCAAAAGAAAGUGAAAUAGAGAGCGACUAUACCUCCAUAAAGAAUGAAGCUGAUCUUUGGCUGCAAGGCUACGAACGUAUGCGCGCCAGCUCUGAAGGGAAAAAGGAAUUAGCCUUAAAAUCAAGAUCGAAUAAGACGACCAAAGUUCCAAUUGAUAACCAGAACGAGGAGACAUCCAUAAUAAAAGUUGAGAAUGGUUUGCCAUCAGACACAGUACUCCCACUGUCAGAAACUACCCAAGCAGUUUUAAAUCAAACACGGGCUUCUGAUGACCUGAAAAUUGCAAACGACAGUCUUGCAACUGUAGCAACAAUGAGCGAAGUGCGCCAAACUACAAAAAAUGAAGAAAACGACUCAUCCGAUGACGAAGACUUGAUUCGUCUCAUGGAAACCGGAGUUAGUGCAGAAAAUUCAACAGAUUCCUCUUUUCCAAAGCCAGAACGCUUUGGAUACGUGCCCCGUGCUUUGCGCAUGAGUUUUGGUCAAAGCUGGGAGGGAAUACGAAAAGAUAGACGUGAGUGGAAAUCAAAAGAAAUGAAGCAAGCUACUGCUCAGUCUCCACGUAAGGGAGGCAAAAAACUCUCCAACAGGUUUGAUGACCAAGAAGCACGAGUAGAAAUGCUGUUUUAGAAAAACCCUUGCGUAGAUAUAGACAGAAGCAUGAAAUAUAUAUUAUAUACUCCGUAUACGUCUUGCAGAAAUAUAUAGCACAAAUAUACUUAUAUAUAUCAUCAUCCUUCUAAUCUCAUUUCACGGUACCGAAAAGAUGGCCGCUUUUUCAUUUAACCAAAAUUCCUUGCCUGUGCUAGUGAUUAACACUGAACCUCACACAACAGGCCAUUUCCGGACGGUCGAAUGCUCACAGACAAUAACGUGAGAGCGAGGCUUAGGUCAAAGUUGCAAUGAUUCUAUAACUUGGCAGACUGAUCAUGAGCGCCAUUGAGCGUAAUUCAUAAAUGGCGUAUUGUAAUAGGAUAAUUUAACUUAUGAAAAACGAAAGUUGUUACGACUGUGAACCAUUUUUUUAAUCUUUGCGAAUAUCAUUUCGAAAUGUUAACAAGUUUUCCGUUUUUCGAUAUGUUGUUAUCCAGAGGUAUUAAAUUCUUUAAAUAUGCAAAUCAGAUAUUUUUGGACGUCAAAUCACAAAAGAUUUACACUGAAUGAUAAAUGUCCUAGUGAGUAAUAAACACAAUUACUUCACAUGGAAAACAAUUAUCGAAUUCUGCGUCAUUGCAUUGUUGCAAAGGUUUGUGCCAUUUUGUAAAUCUCUGGUGAUAAAUAAGAUUUCUACAUUGUAAGUUUGGAUAUUCUAAACAAGUUUACUGUUCCAAGAACGAGAUGUACACGACAUCGAGAAAACUAAAUGCUGGUUAAUUUAUUUCAAAACGUUUCACAAUUUAAUGCUGGUUUAUUUUAGAAUGAUGUUUCAAAGAAACCAAAAAUAGAUAAACGAUUUUUCAUCACAUCGGUACAAGAUGGAAUUACGCUUAAAUGUACCACUGCCAUCGUUUUCGGUAUAGUGAUUGCAUGUUAACAGCAACAUGUUUGUCAGGUUAGAACGCUACAACAAAAAGUUUUCCAAUUAUUCCGCUGAAGGGUUAGCCUGCAUGCAGGCUGCCGAAGGGCCGGCCUUUGUUCGAAACUUUGGAGGAUUCACUUUUAACUUUUCUAGUAAUGUGAAGUUUUAAGUCUUUGUGCCAAAGUUACCAUGCACGAGAUUUAUUUACUUGCUAUACUACCAUUCCCAAUCCGUGUAGUUGUGUCAGUUUUGGCCGUAAUAAAAGGCCAACAACCAAUGAUUAUACACUAAUUGCAACCUGCAUAUGCAAUUACAAACAAAGCCUCGAUAUCUGCUCAUACCUAUAUAGAAGGUUUUACUGUACAAAAUAUUUCACUGUUGGGCCCAUAGAUAUAUGGUUGGCCCAUUAUAAGUCGUCGUGCCUGGAUUAUUCAUUUGACUAUUGCCUAUAUGACAACCUCAACUGAAAUAUUUGUAUCUUCAAAUAUUUACCUUGCAUAUAUAUUUAUCUCAAAUAGUUUACCUUGCAGCAAUAAGUGUCACUUGAGGCCUGAAACUAUGUCUGUAAAAGAUUAAACCGUCCGAUUAGAUCAGCCAAAACCCGCAGUCUAACACAAAAUCUUACACAGAGCUGCACUUUAAGUAAAAAAUCACAUUUAUACACUGAAAAAGCAUGAGGUCAAGGGCAAGGAUUUCUUUAACGAAUAUAUAGAAAUAAUCCUGGACAUCAUCUAUAUACUUAAUUUCAUAUUUUAUAUAGGACUGUAUAGCGAUAAUUAUAUAAUGAUAUUAUAUACACAUUUUCAAUCAGGGCCGCCGAGAGGGGGUGGGGAGGUUGGGGCAGCGCUUUUCUCGGCCCCCAGAUCAAAAGCCCCCCAGAUCAAAAGCCCCCCCAAGAAAGGAAGGCCGGGCCCCGCCCAACCUCUCGGCGGCCCUGUUUUCAAUAUGCGCGACGUGUCCACUAUUAUAUAGAUAAACGAUACUUGGGACAAGGUGGAGUUGAACGCAAUAAUCAUAAUAUCAUUAAUUAGCUGUACGUAUUAUUAUAUAUGGACAUUGGACGCAUUUUAGAGUAAUCAUCAAAUAACAAUUUAUUAUCACAUGAGAUCGGACUCGUAUACGACUGGCGAUAUCGUAUUAUAGCUUACAGCCAUAUAUAUACAGCUAUUUCAAUUAAGGUUGUCCCCCGAGCAAAGCGGAAAAGUCGAAUACGAGCGCGAAAGGCUGCUGGGAAUCGCUAAUAAAUUCAUUCAUUCCCAGCAGUCUUUCGCGCUCGUAUUCGACUUUUCCGCUUUGCUCGGGGGACAACCUUAGGGACCGGUCAUUAUUUAUGGCGGGGGUGGCAUCGAAGACAAAAGGGUUGGGUAAACAAAAUUUUGAGUGAGUAAAAGGUUGGGGUAUUUAUUUUUUUGUUUAUAUUUGUUUAUAUUUAUACUUUUUAAUGGUUGGAUCAGCAAAAUGUUUACCAAGAAAAACAUUUCUCUUCGGUGCCACCCCCUGCCAUAAAUAAUGACCGGUCCCUUAAUUGAAAUAGCUGUAUAUAAUGAGAGCGAAUAUAGUUUGUUUAAUAACAUAGACUAACAAUGUAUUCAUAGUCAUAGAAUUUAGGAAUCAUACAAAAGAGACCAAUUGUUUCCGCGAUGUGACUCUUUUUGUUUCCAAAAAUUACUUUAUGUGACAUAAGCAGCACACAAGAAAGAGAAAAUACUGGCACGACCAAACAAACAGACUAAAUUUGGAAAUCCGUUGUCUACAUUAUAUAUACAGUUAAUUAAAAGAGCG